UAAAGGAGUAAUGGCGACGGCGACAGCGACUCUAGGGUUUUGAGAUGAGAGUCGAUUCACGAAGAUUGGAUGUUAUUGGAUUCACACAAGGAGAAACUAGAGGAUUUCUAAAGAUCAAGGCAAGCCAUGGGAAGAAUCAGAAGGAAUAUGGUUUUGGUUUUCUAAUGGAAAUUCGAGGAUACGAGAUCCUUUUGUGCGGUAACAAACGAAUCAAUUUCGAGGGGAUUAAUGAUUGGUUUCGAUGGAUUUCCUUGGGAUUCUUUGGUUCUCAGAUCAGAUCAGAAGAUGGGAAGAACAUGUGGGGCUCAAUCAGAGUCAACUUGCCACAAUAUACAAUACAUGACUAUAUGAGGAGGGCGGCAUUCUCGUACACAGGUAUGUUAAGGAAAGAGGGAGUGGCGGUAAGAGUUUUAACCUGGUGGGAUUUGGUUAGGAUUUCGUGGAUAUUGGUUAGAAUCUGUCCAGAACAAGCACAUGGCUGUUCAUAUUUAAUUGUGAUAGAUGAUUCUAAGGUUUGUAGGCUUCCUGGUAAAGGGAUGGAGUGGUUUCAUGGAAGGACUUUUACACUCUUUGAGCUUUAUAAGGAUCUUCUUGCUGGAGAAUUAGACAAAUGCGUACCAGAUGCGUUCAGUGCUAUCGGAGCAAGGAGGUAUUAACUUAUUGGUACAAGCAGUCAUGCCAUGGGACUAGACAAAUGCAGAGGAUACGAUCAAGCUUUUUUGGUGUUUGUCUGAUCGCUAUGGAAACAUGGUUCAUCCUAACUGUAGUUGACCUGCAAGGAGUGCAUCCUAGGGGAGGAAGAAGCUUGAAUGAGGUCUCUUUAAACACAUUCAAAUUUCUCGUAGUGAGGUUUCUCUUACAGCAGCGACGAGAAUAUUAUGGAGCACUCGGGGAUGAUAAUAGAGUUGUGAUAAUGAGGAAUCAUGGGAACAUUUUUUUGGUGGCAUUGGAUGAAGGCUUCUUCAAUAAGGAUGUACGGGGUUCCUGGUGGGGUUUUUUAAAAAAAUGGUGCAUAUUCGCAAUGUAUUGGUUUUUCUAUAAACAGAAAGCGGCCUUUCUUUUAGUUUAUGGUUUUUCAUUUCAGGGUCUUUUAAUAAGCUCUGUGAGCAGUUUAUGGUUCAAUGUUUUAUUCUUUACCUGGUGUUCUAGCUUGGCUCCUCCAUUGUAUGAGUCAAAGUUCCUCUUUAUGAUUAUUUUGUGGAAUAAAUUUGGUUUCCUAGGCUUGUGGUA